CGGGCGUGACGUGCCGGUGGCGCGGGCCGCUGGGAGCUGGCCGGGAUCCGCGCUCGCCCCCCUCCCCCCCCCCACUACGGGUCGCGGCUGGGGGCGUCCCGGCGGCGGGGACGCGGCUCCCCCCUCCCCCUCCCUCGCCCCAGCGCUUCGAUCCAAGAUGGCGGCGCUGAGCAGCGGCAGCAGCGCGGAGGGGGCCUCGCUCUUCAACGGGGACAUGGAGCCCGAGCCGCCGCCGCCGCCCGCGCUCGGCGCCUGCUACGCGGGGGGCAGCGGCGGCAGCGGCGACCCGGCCAUCCCGGAGGAGGUGUGGAAUAUCAAACAAAUGAUUAAAUUAACACAAGAACAUAUAGAGGCACUGCUAGACAAAUUUGGAGGAGAGCAUAACCCACCAUCGAUAUAUUUAGAGGCCUAUGAAGAGUACACCAGCAAACUAGAUGCGCUACAGCAGAGAGAACAGCAGUUACUGGAAUCCAUGGGGAAUGGAACGGAUUUCUCUGUCUCCAGUUCGGCUUCAACAGACACAGUUGCAUCAUCUUCGUCCUCUAGCCUCUCUGUAGCACCUUCAUCCCUUUCGGUUUAUCAAAACCCUGCUGAUAUGUCACGGAAUAACCCUAAGUCUCCACAGAAGCCUAUUGUUAGAGUCUUCCUGCCCAACAAGCAAAGGACUGUGGUUCCAGCAAGAUGUGGAGUGACAGUCCGAGACAGCCUAAAGAAGGCUCUGAUGAUGAGAGGUCUUAUUCCAGAAUGCUGUGCUGUUUACAGAAUACAAGAUGGAGAGAAGAAGCCAAUUGGCUGGGACACUGACAUUUCCUGGCUCACAGGAGAGGAGUUGCAUGUGGAAGUCUUGGAGAAUGUGCCACUCACGACACACAAUUUUGUACGAAAAACAUUCUUCACGUUAGCAUUCUGCGACUUUUGUCGAAAGCUGCUUUUCCAGGGAUUCCGGUGCCAGACAUGUGGCUACAAAUUUCACCAGCGUUGUAGUACAGAAGUGCCACUGAUGUGUGUUAAUUAUGACCAACUUGAUUUGCUGUUUGUCUCCAAGUUCUUUGAACAUCACCCCAUAUCACAGGAGGAGGCCUCCUUAGGAGAGACCACCCCAGCAUCUGGAUUGUACCCCUCAGUGCCCCCCUCAGAUUCUGUUGGACCACCAAUUCUCCCUAGUCCUUCUCCUUCAAAAUCCAUUCCAAUCCCACAGCCCCUCCGACCAGCAGAUGAAGACCAUCGGAAUCAAUUUGGGCAACGCGACCGGUCCUCUUCAGCUCCCAAUGUUCACAUCAAUACAAUCGAGCCAGUCAAUAUUGAUGACUUGAUUAGAGACCAGGGUUUACGAGGAGAGGGAGCCCCUUUGAACCAGCUGAUGCGCUGUCUUCGGAAAUACCAAUCCCGGACUCCCAGUCCCCUCCUUCAUUCUGUCCCCAGUGAAAUAGUGUUUGAUUUUGAGCCUGGCCCAGUGUUCAGAGGUUCAACUGCAGGUUUGUCUGCAACACCUCCCGCCUCUUUGCCUGGGUCACUCACCAAUGUGAAAGCGUUACAGAAAUCACCAGGACCCCAACGGGAACGGAAAUCAUCCUCAUCCUCAGAAGACAGAAAUAGAAUGAAAACCCUUGGUCGACGGGAUUCAAGUGAUGAUUGGGAGAUACCAGAUGGACAGAUCACAGUUGGACAAAGGAUAGGAUCUGGAUCAUUUGGAACAGUCUACAAAGGGAAGUGGCAUGGUGAUGUGGCAGUGAAAAUGUUGAAUGUUACGGCACCUACACCUCAACAGUUACAGGCUUUCAAAAAUGAAGUAGGAGUGCUCAGGAAAACACGCCAUGUGAAUAUCCUGCUUUUCAUGGGUUAUUCGACAAAACCCCAGUUGGCUAUUGUUACACAAUGGUGUGAGGGGUCCAGCUUAUAUCACCAUCUACACAUCAUUGAGACCAAAUUUGAAAUGAUCAAACUAAUUGAUAUUGCACGACAGACUGCACAAGGCAUGGAUUAUUUGCAUGCCAAGUCAAUCAUCCACAGAGACCUCAAGAGUAAUAAUAUUUUUCUUCAUGAAGACCUCACAGUAAAAAUAGGUGAUUUUGGUCUAGCUACAGUGAAAUCACGGUGGAGCGGAUCCCAUCAGUUUGAACAGUUGUCUGGAUCUAUUCUAUGGAUGGCACCAGAAGUUAUUAGGAUGCAAGAUAAAAACCCAUAUAGCUUUCAGUCGGAUGUGUAUGCGUUUGGGAUUGUUCUUUAUGAAUUGAUGACUGGACAGUUACCAUACUCAAACAUCAACAACAGGGACCAGAUAAUUUUUAUGGUGGGACGAGGAUACCUAUCUCCAGACCUCAGCAAAGUACGGAGCAACUGUCCAAAAGCUAUGAAGAGACUAAUGGCAGAAUGCUUAAAAAAGAAGAGAGAUGAGAGACCCCUUUUUCCACAGAUUCUUGCCUCCAUUGAGCUUCUGGCCCGGUCAUUGCCAAAAAUUCACCGCAGUGCAUCUGAGCCCUCAUUAAACCGGGCUGGCUUCCAGACAGAGGAUUUUAGUCUAUAUGCUUGUGCUUCUCCAAAAACGCCCAUCCAAGCAGGGGGAUACGGAGAAUUUGCAGCGUUCAAGUAGCCACAGCACCAUGGCAGCACCCACUCUGUUAUUUAAGUCUUGUGUUCCUACAGUUUCUUAACAUCAAAACUCUAUUCUGCUCCACAAAACCUAAAGUAAUUUAGAAAAGAUAUCCAUAAGCUUAAAAGUGGAGCAGAAUGGAACUGCCAGUCCAACACAAUGGGAAAAAGUACCUUUUUGGGAACCAGAACCCUCUGCUGCCAGUGUUUCUCCUUCAACACAAACCACCACAUGCAUUCGGAGACCCGCAGUGGCUGCCUGUGCCGUUGGCAUCAUUCCCAGGAGAGAGGAGAGUGCGCUCAUGGUUUGACUGUGGUGCUCGGGCAUGAGGGGAUGGAACUGCUGCUGCAACUUAGGAGACUUGCUUUGGAUGGUCUGCCAGUCGGCUUUCUCCCUCUAACAAUGUACCAUCAGAGGCUGAAAAUCUGAUGAGUGCUAAUUUAAAAGAAUCAUCCUCCAUUCCGAUCUUUUUUUUCCCAGUGUACUCACUGAUUUGUGGACAAUGCAGUAUCCCCUUUUCACUGUAUUACAAUGUCAAACACCUAAAUCUGUCUAUAUUAUUGGGUUUUAUUCCAGUAAAAUUAAAAGUGCGGGGUGAUGGGAGCUGGAGAAGAUGUUACUCAAAAGGCGAAGAGGUUAAUCUGAAGGAAAAGGGGAUGCUGCUGCACCUUUUUUCAGAUUUACUUUAUCACUUCUUCAAAAAACAAACAACAACCACCAACCUUAACCUUUUUCCUUUUCCAGUAUUUUCUUGGUGUGUGCAUAUACAACAUCUUUUAGAAGGAUUAGGUAGAUCCUUCUUUUGUUGGUCCAGCAACAAACUGAAGUUUAAAAAAACAAAAAAAUGUAGCGAGAUUGUCCUCUCUGUUUAUUUUUUUCUUUUGUAUCAUAUGAUACAAUGUGUUUAUCAAAGAUGCUACUGCAGCAUCUGAAGUCUGUAGAAUUCCUGAUACAGACUGUGAAUGGUGUAUGUACCUACUUUAAAAGUUUUAUUUUAAAUGAGGGUGCAGGUUAAUGCCAGGUACCUUACCAAUAUGUAAUGUUUUCAUAAAUGGGAAAAAAAGUUCUCAGGUUGAAUUGAAUAGAAAUACAAAACCCCCUAGAAUUAGAGAUUCCGAAAAUUAUGUUUUGGUACUUUCGAGAGCUUUUUUUAAAGGAUUUUUAUCCUGUUAACUAAAUGUCCUCUGAUAAGUGUGUGUGUAAAUGUGGAGCAUCUUGUCCUAAUGGCAAGUUGUUAGAUCAAAACAAAACGGUACUUGCUGGAUCCACGCUGACUACUUCUCCUGUCAUUGCUUUCUUCCCUGUCACCUCUUCCCUCCCGUUUGUCUUUCCCUUUUGUACACUUUGCAAACUAGGAUGAAGGUGGCGGUAUCUCCAUGAGAGUGCUUUGUUUUCCUGUCCUCCAAUCCUGGUUUUCAAAUGGUUGGUAGCUUUUUGACAAGUUACCCAGUCAGGGAAAAAACAACUGGUAAAGUUCUGCACAUCAUUUACCUCUAGUAGAAUAUCUUGUGAUGUGAUCUGUUUGCAGAGUUCUCUGGUAUGUGGUAUUACAUGUAAAUUAUUUGUACAGAGGCAAGUCAGACCACAUUAGAAAGAAAUUCAAGCUCAAACAGAAGUUUUCAGAAUUUGAUUCCUAUCUGCCCUGUACCACUCCAGGUGAGGCAGGAGAACCGAGCCCCCUCUAGCGGGGAGGUUCUUGCUGGGAGGAGGUGGGGGUUGUUAAACAAAGUCAUGACAAAUAAAUGAAGGAGUUAAAUGUGUGUGAAUGUGGUGUCUGUGCUAAACAUGGGUGCAUUGGGUGAGGACACUGUCCUUCCCUCCCUAGGAGAGUUGGACUGUUUCUGUCUACAGAAGGUUGCUCCCAGGCGAAGGGAGAAACGCACAUCGGUAGUGGAACGUGCUUUUAAAACCCUGGAGUUCUGCGGUGUUGCUGGUAGUCUGUUAUGUUUGUCAGUAAAUAUUUACUGGGGUUAUAGGGACUGGACUAAUCUGAAGUGGGAAUUAUAACUGAAAUACUGUGUAUUCAUAUUAAUUCCACAAACAUUAGCGAGACAGCAAUAGUGAAUGACUUAAUAGUCACUACAAGAAUGAAGUGAUUCAUGUUGGUACAUGAAUAGAAUUGAUUUUGUGUACAGGAUGCAUUUUAAAAAAAAAAAAAAGCACAAAUUUUUUCUUGUCUGCUGUGGGUCUUCAGAUGCUGUAAGAUUUUUUUCCUUAUUGAGAUUGGCAGGAAUUUAAAUAGUAGCAAUAGCCACUUUCCAGUGUGGAGAAGGUAAUGAGGGAGCGGUGGUGUGCAGACGGGUGAAAUCAGAGUGCUCCCUGGUGAUCAUCUGAGGCCAAUACCUAAGAGGUGGAAGGAGCCUGGGACCACUGGGGUCAGCAGGCAGGUGAGAGCAUUUACAGACUCCCAGAGGGUGAAGUGGUCACUGCUCAUUCUCAUUCCACCCUGUGCGUUGCUCCAGCCCCUGUAUGGGCUGUAGCCUAAUUUGUACAUGUCGGGCAUACUGGAAAUUAAUGUUCUCUCAAAAGAAACUGUUAUCGGAGCAAGCAUGUACAGGUGGUUCAACAGUCAUUUGUUUCACAGAGCUUGUUAAAAGCCUUGGUUUCCUUCCACAAGGUCAUGCUGGCAGAAGAUUGUCUGCUAAAAUACAACUGUUAGGAAUUUCAUUCCAUCUUUGCUUAAAAUGAACUUACUUUUGUGAAGAUUCAUUACCCAUUAGUCUACAAUAUGCUUCUUGAGCCCAUAAGAAAAGCACAAGGAAAACUGCUAUCCUUGUCCAUGCAAAGCACUUUAUAAGUAACACAUGAUCUCUGGGGUUUUUUUAUUGGGGUUUUGUUUGUUUGUAGUUUUGUUUUUCUGUUUUUUGGGGUUAUUUUUCCCUGAGGAAUGUGCAAGUUGUUUGGCUGCUGUUUAGAGAAGUCCUUUCAGGAUGCAUUUCUACUGGUUUUCACGUUUGUUUGUUUCCCUCCAGAUAGCUGUAGUAAUGUGUGUUUGUCUGUAAGAGGUCCCACAUAAUACUCAUGCAAAACUUUGGAAGAAACUUGGUUUGUAAAUAAUCGGGAUUAUUAUUUUUUUAAUCUUUUCCUUCAGGAGUUUUUCUGGAUGUCUUGCAUGCCAUCAGAACCAGUCUUAAAGGUGCCCUGUAGAUGUUUAGUGAAUGGGAGAUAAGAGUAGACAAGAACUGAGUGCCCUGUAUAGCAGUGCAAUGAAGAAAGUAAAGUGAAAUGACCAAUACAUUCGUGUCCAUUACACUAAAUUUCUUAAGCUUCUCUGUGGUGUCCCAACCACAACCUCAUGGCAUAGUAUGGAAAUGCUAGUACAUAUUUUGUGUACGUGUGUUGGGACAAACAUCUAGACACUCAUACUGCUUUUAGCUCUGCAGUAUCUAGUAUCUAAUAAUUAUUUGCAAACCUACCAGUAUCCAAUCCCAGAUAUUCAUGUCUUUUAUUAACCACACAUACACCUUCCCCUCUGCCUUUCCUUUUCCAUACAGUUAGAAGAGGCCUGUUAUCUGUUACAUCUUCCCUGUCAGUACAUGAUUGUUUCCUGCGGCGUAUUUGCUGGAACUGGAACAUUGUAGUGGAGCUUAAACCAAAUGGUAUAAGUAGAGGCCUGGUUAUUUUGAAAGUAAUUUUUGCGUGAAUUAAGUCCUACAUAGGCCAGAUACAAUUAGUCCACUCAUUUCUUUUUUGCCAAAUUCAUGUAGGUCAUUAAUUCUGCUUUUUAUGCUUACCUAAAAUCAUCUUUUCUUGUACUUGAAUGCUCUCACAGCUGGUGAUGAUGAUGCAGAAUGUUUGAGGCAGAAUUUGGCCUUCAUGACAUAAAAUGAGUGAAAUGCUGACUGUUGAUAAAUACCAUGUCUUUCCAUAAAUGCCCAAAUCAGAGGAAAAAUUACACUGAAGAUGAUGCAUAAAUAGGUUUGCUUCUGUGUUUGCCUGGUGAUGUAAAUGCAUCCAGCAUUUUCCAGAAAUUCUGGGGAAGCCAGAUCCCCAGAAACCUCACAAACAAGUACAAGUUGAAGUUUUGAUAGCUGGAGGGGCUAAAUUUAAGGGAGAAGCAUGUAGACAUUUCACACUUCUGCAGCCUAUAGAUUUCAUUCCCUUCUUGACUGUGAGUGCAGCAUGUGUAGCACAAACUAUUCAUUGUACUGUAGAUGUGUCUUCUGUCUGUGGAAAAAAGUAUCACCAGUAGCACAAUGUGACAGGCAAAGCUUCUAGGUACAGCCAAGUUCAGUUAAAAAGCAGUUGCAUGAGUGGACUGUUACAGCAUCACUUUGAAGGUGCUGGGUGUUCUGGUUUUCUGUUAACACAUUUUACAUAGAAGUUUAUGAAACAAACUUUCUGUUUACUGCAGCCUUGUUAAUAUGCAUUUGCACUUCGCAUUUGUUUUGGCAUGCAUUUUAAAUAUCUAUCUUCAUUGCUUCAUUGCUUCUUACCUAGUAAAUAAAAUUAUCAGAAGAGCAGAGCAAAGUUGUUAAAACUUUCUCUUUGCAUUUAAGUUUCAAGGAUGCUAACACAGAAGCUACCAAGUCAGCACCAUAACAGCAGUAAAUAACUACGAAACUGUGGAAGGAGGAAACUUUAAACACUGCAGAAUAUAGAGUAUACAAAGAACAAAUUCAGAUGAAAACUAGCAUAUCUCUCCUCUUUAGAAGAGAGAGCUACCAAGACCCUCUGUUAAAUGGUUUACAUAGGGAUCCCCCAAAACAGUCUUUGCAGUUUGCCAAAUGAUCAUGUGCCUUCGCAAUCUUAAAAAGUACAACAGAAUGUAAACUAGGUGCUUUGUAACUAGAGCAGUGGCUUUGGUUUACUUCUGAUGCAGUAGUUUUGUAUAUAGCUAUUACUAUAGGUAGGUAGUUUGGGGCUGGUAAAUGUCUGUAAAAGAGCAAGGAGGGCAGAGAGCAUUCCCCAAAAUACCUAUGAUCAUUUCAAAGCUGGGAAUUGAAGGAUACCUAAUUCAGUUACAGUAAACCUGCUGCUUGAAAUCUGCUCUAUUGAAAGUUAAAUGAGGUUCAUUUAAUUUAAAAAUAAAUAAGCCCUCCUCCCCCUCCAAAGACACAAAGAUCUUAUUAAAAGAAAGCUCGUAGAAGGCUCCAGAGAGGCCCAAAGUUACACUGUCAUAGCAUCUCAGAAUGAGAUGGCGGAUGAAAAAUGAGAGCUAGAUGAGGAGAAAUUGAUGGCUAGUACUCAUGUAAUCAAAGUCCACAUAUAUCAGACCGUACAAUUAAUUCCCUGGCCCAGAAAGUACAAUUAAUUUUGUUUUCUGGAAUAUGAGCAGAUUUCCUUACUUCUUCCUUGGGUCUCUUGCAGUUACUUUUCAGUGAUCGCAUAUUGUUAUUGCACGUUAACUGUGGGAGAUGGUAGGUGUCUAGUCAGCUGAGGGACAACCGGUGUGUUUGAAUUUGAUCUAUUCAAAUUUCAAACCGGUUACAUAGACUUCUGGCAGUACCUACAUACCAGUGUCAUAUUUAACCUAAUUGUCCAUAAAGGACAAAAUAAUGGGUUUUGGUAUUAGUGCUUUUUCAGGUCUUUUCCUUUCCUUCUUUGGGGCAAGACUUUGGGCAUAAUUGUAAAUUACAAAGUUAUGUCUAAAUGUACAGUUCAUACGAAAUAUCAGACCAAUUUUAAUUUGGUUUUGUUCCUUUUAGAAAGCAAAGUGUAAAAACUAAUGUUCCAGGAACUAUCUGGAAUCCUACCACCUACCCCAAAUUCUGCACUAAAAGUACUAACAGUAAGAAGAUGGUAUUUUGUCCUUUUUAAAAAAAAAAAAAAAAUCACAAAGAAACUAUUUCCCUAAGAGAAGGUUGUUGGUGGGAGGGUUUAGAAACUUCUAAGCUACAUAGGCAUUUGCUUCAUAGCAUCACAGCAGCAAUGUGUUCAGCUCAUCCGGCCUCUUUAAGAGCCAGCAGUGGCCUGUCUGGUCAUUUUUGUCUCGUUUGUCGCGUUUGCAGCAGCUGUACUUCAGAAUAAGCCUUGUGUGACAUUUACUUUUGAGUGAGUAAACCACAAAAAAUAACUAUGUUUUCUUUUUUGUUUGGGUUUGGGAAAUGGUUGGGGUUUGUUUUGAUAAAUGUCAUUCUGUGUUGCAUUUGUGUAUUCACCCUAGCUGAAAAGAAAAUCUGUGUGUUUGGGAGUUCAGUGGAACAUUAGCAGAAGAAAUGAAGCCCACCAUCUGGGCAUGGAUGUUGGGUCUAGGGGGCAAAAUGGACCAAACUUGGGUGUUGGGUUAUUUUGGGGUGGUGGGGGGUACAGAGGGCAUAAUUUAAAUUAACUCUGUCUAAAAUAAAAUGUAAGUGCAAUAAAUGUGCUUUUUUUUAUUCAAAGCUGUGAACCUUUAGAAAAAAAAAAACACACAAAAAAAAUCAACAAAAAAAAAAAUGCACAUCAUUCCUUCAUGAGCCUUGUGUCCUACCUGCCUCCCCUACCUCCCCCCCCAUCUCCACACUUCUCCUCAACUGACAGAAACCUGACAGUGGCCAACUUGCAUGUGUUGGCAGCCGAAAUUAAUGUUGCUUUUCUUCUGAUCUCAUUUGUUGGAAUUGGGGAAAGUCCUGCCCCCUGCUACCCUUGAAAUCCCUCUGGGAUCCAGUGCUGACCUGUGCCACUAGAGCAGGGUCUACUGCUAUUUGGGAUGUACGAGCCAGCCCACCUGCGCUGUGGUCAUCCUGACUGCAGAUGCAGUGUUCCUCCUGGCCCUUCAUCCUCCAGUUCUAACUUUCCUCCCCACCUCGUGUCAGGUGUAGUGAUGGUCUCCCAGGGCUGGGCAGGUGACAUUUUUCUUAAGCAAUUGCAGAAGUAAUCAGUCAUCAGCUGCCUAAUUGGAUCCCUCUUCCCCUUUGUCAGACCACACAUGCAGGCUGGCCACUGUUGCCUUCUGUGACUCUGCCUUGUUUUGAAGGAGCAGGUAUACAUGUUUGUAAUCUGUUGUGCAUUACUUGCACUGUCUGUCUUUCUUACUUGAGCGCAGGCUGCUUUUCCUAGAUUAGGAAAGGUGCACAGGUCUCUUGGGGGGGUUUCCACAAGAGGCGCAAUGCAUAUGUUUCAUUAAGAAGUGAUGGAAGGUGUAGCACUCAGUAGUUGGACCCUAUGGGGGAGUAAGAGAGGACUGGCUUGUUUAAAGUUUAUAGAUACACAGAUCUGUAUCCUUUAAACUUGAUUAUUUUUAUAUAUAGUCAAGACAAUGGCAUUACCUCAUAAUACAGAGGCUUGUUUAUGAGAGGCAAAGUAUCUAGUAAGGAGAGGAAAAGGAGAUUUAUAUACAGAUUUGAUUUGUUUGUUUGUUCCUUAGUGCAAUGAAAUGUAUGCCCCACCAAUUUAAACUCUGUGCUAACACAACAUUCCUUUCAGCUGUUUUUUCUGGUUUUUUUUUUUUUCUUUGACCACCAGAGGUCUGUGAGGGGCUUAUGACUGCAAAGUAGAAGGUCCAGUCUGGUUACUUAAAAAAAACAAUUGUGUUAGUAGAUUUCCAUAGCUGCUUUUUAAAAUCUACAAUGGAGUAAUUGUUUUGAAACUUGUAUUUAUUUUUUAAUUCAUAACAAAAUGUUUGGUUUUGGUUUCCUGUUACAUAGGUCAUGGCAACUCCCCUUCUUUCCUUCGCCAAGUUUCCCCUGUAAUUGCCAAUACAACUUAUUUUUCUUGUUUGUUCCUUCCCCCUUUACUUUUGUUGUCCCUUCAUUUGUACUUUGGAAUUCUUCUCAUGUAAAUUUGUACAAUGGGAAAUAUUGUCCAGUUUGGUUAGAGAGCAUGGAGACUUAAAACAUUAAAAUUUGAUAGCUGAAUUCAGAUUGAAGAAAACUAUUUCUGUGUAAAGUUAUUUAAAGAACUCUGUAUUAUAUAAAAGGCAAAAAGUUCUAUGUACUUGAUGUGAAUAUGAGAAUACUGCUAUAAUAAAGAUUGACUGCAUGGAAAAGCCUGAA